AUGCCAAUCUGUAUAGAAUGCCGGUACCCCGUCAAAACCCUCUACACAGAAUACUCGGGGGCUGAUGAUCGCUCUUCUGGUCAUGGAGUACGCCUCACGGUAUGCAAGAACUGCGGUCGUUUCUGCGAUAAAUACGUAGAGCACGACUUUGUGGUACUGUUUAUUGAUCUGGUAUUGAUCAAGCCGCAAGUGUACCGGCAUCUAUUGCAUAAUACGUUGAUGAGAGAGCAUGAUCAGUUCGAUCCCUCAAUAAUACGCCUCGGAAUUCUGCUCCUCCUCUUUGAUGUCUAUCUCACCUGGGCGCGAAUUGAAAAGCAGACAUCCAACAACCCCCCCGCAGACGAAAACAACAGCAAUUUCCUGCGUCUGGCGCAACAACCCAUAGUCUUCCAAUAUGUCUUUUUCCUCAUCCUCUGCGCCCUAUCCACCCUCUCGUUCCACCUCUCCAUCCGCUUCCUGACCUCCUCCCCGCUAUCCCCCCUUGUCCUCUCGAACCUCAUCCCCCGCUACCCACGCCCGAACUCCGUCAGCACCGCACUGCUCGUCUCUUCAUCUACAAAACUAUUCCCGAUCCUCAUGGUGAUAUGGGAAUAUGACGUGCCAGCUGCGGCACGAUCACUGGGCUGGGCGGUGGUUGCGAAUAAUGUUGAAGCGCUGAAGAUUCUACUGGAUUGCGGGUAUGGAACUGCGGCGAUCUUGGCUACGGUUGGGGCUAUAUCGAGAUGGAUGGUAGGACGAGGGAUUCUUUGGGUUGCGGGGCUAGAUGGGGUUGAUACUGUAGGGGAUUCCGGGGUUGCUUCUGAUGGCAAGGCGCUGUGGGCUGUGGUUGAAUUGGGGAGGGAAUGGGGAGGGAGACUAGGAUUGGGAUAG